AUGAGUGCCAUGGCGGUGUGCGUUUGGGCGGCGGCCCCGCUGCUGUUCCUCGGGCUGUGCCUGUGCAGUGUGGGGGGCCAGGCCCAGGGCGAGGUGCUGGAGUUUGGGGGCGUGUCCAGCCAGUGGGGGCGGUUCCCAGUGUGGAACGCGUGUUGUGAGAGCGUACUUAGCUUCAGUCUGCGGACUCACAGUCAGGAGGGUCUCCUGCUGUACCUGGACGACGAGGGCUUCUGCGACUUCCUGGAGCUGCUGCUGCUGCACGGACACCUGCGUCUGCGCUUCUCCAUCUUCUGCGCCGAACCGGCCGAGCUGCAGUCCGGCGUCGCCGUGAGCGAUGGGCGCUGGCACGCCGUGCGCAUCAAGCGGGACUGGAGGAACACGUCUUUGGAGGUGGACGGGCGGCUGGAGGGCUGGGCGGAGGUGAAGAGUAAGAGGAGAGAUAUGACGGUGUUUAGUCCCACUUUUGUGGGCGGGAUCACGGCGGAGCUGCACUCCUCACCGCUGCGCCUCACCUCCGCCUCGGUCCGAGAGCACCCGCCUUUCCGGGGCUGGAUCACGGCGCUCAGCGUCAACGGGACCACGGUCACCCUCGACAGCUCCGAGGGCGUCACCGUGACGACGGGCUGCGGCCCGGACCACCAGUGCCAGAAUGGAGGGGUGUGCAGCGUGGUCAACGACCGGGCCGUGUGCGACUGCUCUGACACCGGUUACCAAGGCAACGAUUGCAGCGAAGAGCACGUCUACACUCCAGGUCUGGCACACCUGAUGAUUGGCGACCAAGCUCGCGAGGAGUACGUGGCCACCUUUAAGGGCUCGGAGUACUUCUGCUACGACCUGUCUCCAAACCCCAUCCAGUCCAGCAGCGACGAGAUCACGCUGUCGUUUAAGACGCUGCAGAGGAACGGGCUGAUGCUGCACACGGGGAAGUCUGCGGACUACGUGAACCUGGCUUUGAAGAACGGAGCCGUGUCCCUCGUCAUAAACCUCGGCUCGGGGGCGUUUGAGGCGCUAGUCGAACCGGUCAACGGGAAAUUCAAUGACAACGCCUGGCACGACGUCAAAGUCACACGCAACCUGAGACAGGUGACGAUUUCUGUGGACGGGAUCCUGACCACUACCGGCUACACCCAAGAAGACUACACUAUGCUGGGGUCCGACGACUUCUUCUACGUGGGUGGGAGUCCGAGCACGGCCGACCUCCCCGGAUCUCCCGUCAGCAAUAACUUCAUGGGCUGUUUGAAAGAGGUUGUGUACAAGAACAACGAUGUGCGGUUAGAACUGUCGAGGCUGGCCAAGCAAGGAGACCCAAAGAUGAAGGUUAGCGGAGUGGUUUCAUUUAAAUGUGAAAGUGUAGCAACUCUGGACCCGGUAACAUUCGACACUCCCGAGUCUUUUGUAUCUCUGAGCAAAUGGACGGCAAAGAAGGCUGGUUCCAUCUCCUUUGACUUCAGAACCACAGAGCCGAACGGGUUAAUGCUUUUCAGCCACGGCAAACCCAAAACGCAGGCACGCAAGGACCCACGCACGCCGCCCACCGUCAAGGUGGACUUCUUUGCCAUUGAGAUGUUGGACGGGCAUCUGUAUCUGUUACUGGACAUGGGCUCAGGGACCACCAAAACCAAAGCCAUUGAUCGCAAAGUCAACGAUGGAGAGUGGUACCACGUCGACUUCCAGAGAGAUGGCCGCUCAGGUACGAUCUCUGUGAACAGCGUCCGAACGGCGUACACGGCUCCAGGAGACAGUGAGAUCUUGGAUUUGGAUGACACUCUUUACCUCGGGGGACUUCCUGAAGACCGCGCUGGCCUCAUUUUCCCCACUGAGGUGUGGACCGCUCUGUUGAACUACGGUUACGUGGGCUGUAUCCGGGACCUGUUCGUGGACGGGCAGAGCAAAGACAUCCGCAGACUGGCCGAGGCGCAGAGGGCGGUGGGGGUCAAACCGUCCUGCUCCAGAGAGCCCCCGAAGCAGUGCCUGAGUAACCCCUGCCAACACAACGGCAUCUGCAGAGAGGGAUGGAACAGAUACGUGUGCGACUGCUCCGGGACCGGCUAUCUGGGCCGAUCUUGUGAGAGAGACGCCACCAUCCUCUCGUACGACGGCAGUAAAUUCAUGAAGGUGCAGUUGCCCGUGGCGAUGCACACGGAGGCGGAGGAUGUGUCUCUCCGGUUCAGGUCUCAGCGAGCCUACGGAAUCCUCAUGGCGACCACCUCCCGAAACUCUGCCGAUACGCUGAGGCUGGAGCUGGACGGGGGGCGUGUCCGACUCACCGUCAACCUGGACUGUAUCAGGAUUAACUGUACCGCCAGUAAAGGUCCAGAGACCAUCUUUGCUGGUUCUGCCCUCAAUGAUAACGAAUGGCACACGGUGAGAGUCGUUCGGCGAGGAAAGAGCCUGAAGCUCACAGUGGACGACCUGCAGCCUGUCGAAGGUCAAAUGGCGGGCGACCACACCCAGCUGGAGUUUCACAACGUGGAGACUGGCAUCGUGACGGAAAAGCGCUUCAUGCCCGCCGUACCCUCCAACUUCAUCGGUCACCUCCAAGGCCUCACCCUCAACGGCAUGCCCUAUAUCGACCUGUGUAAGAACGGGGACAUCGACUACUGCGAGCUGAACGCCGUGAUCGGUUACAAAAGCAUCGUGGCAGACCCGGUCACGUUCAGGUCCCGGUCCAGUUUUGUGACCCUCCCCACUCUGCAGGCCUAUUACUCCAUGCACCUGUUCAUGCAGUUCAAGACCACCUCACCGGACGGACUCAUACUUUUCAACAGAGGAGAUGGGAACGACUUCAUUGUGGUGGAGCUGGUUAAAGGUUACCUGCAUUACAUCUCAGACCUGGGGAACGGGGCUCAUUUAAUCAAAGGAAACUCAAACUCUCCCCUGAACGACAACCACUGGCACAACGUCCACAUCUCCAGAGACACGAACAACCUGCACGUGGUGAAGAUCGACACCAAAGUCACCACUCAGACCACCAUGGGCGCCAAGAACCUGGACCUCAAAGGUGAUUUGUACAUCGGAGGCGUUUCCAAGGAAAUGUACCGGGACCUGCCCAAACUGGUGCACUCUCGGGAGGGCUUCCAGGGCUGCCUCGCCACCGUCGACCUGAACGGGCGUCUGCCGGACCUGCUCGCCGAUGCCUUAGCAACCAUGGGACAAGUGGAGAGGGGCUGUGAAGGUCCCAGUACCACAUGUCAGGAGGACUCGUGCUCCAAUCAGGGCGUGUGUUUGCAGCAGUGGGAGGGGUUUACCUGUGACUGCAGCAUGACAUCAUACGCCGGACCGCUCUGUAAUGAUGCUGGGACCACGUACAUCUUCGGACGGGACGGGGGUGUGGUGAUCUACACCUGGCCCCCGAACGAGCGCCCGAGUACCCGAGCCGACCGCCUGGCUCUGGGCUUCAGCACCCAACAGAAGCACGCCAUCCUCCUCCGGGUGGACAGCGCCUCGGGGCUCGGGGACUACCUACAGCUUCAGAUAGACAAAGGGAACAUCCGUGUGGUGUUCAACGUUGGCACAGACGACAUCAACAUCGAGGAGAGCUCCAAGUUCGUGAACGACGGGAAGUACCACAUCGUGCGGUUCACUCGGAGCGGAGGGAACGCCACUCUCCAGCUCGACGACUUACCCGUCAUCGAACGCUACCCCUCAGGCAACAAUGAUAACGAGCGCCUGGCCAUCGCCAGACAGCGAAUCCCCUAUCGGCUCGGUCGAGUAGUUGACGAUUGGCUACUCGACAAAGGUCGUCAGUUGACCAUUUUCAACAGCCAAACAACGGUGCGGGUGGGCGGCGGCGAGCAAGGAGCCGCCAUGUUCCAGGGCCAGCUCUCGGGUCUGUAUUACAACGGUCUAAGGAUUCUCAAUAUGGCCGCCGAGGGACAUCCGCACAUCAGGGUGGAGGGCAGCGCUCGGCUGGUGGGCGAUAUGCCGUCCUCCUCCAUGACGCCACAGUCCAGCGCGGCCGCCGGGGGGAAUCGCUCCGACUCCGCCCCCUCAAUCAGUGACAUCACCACCACCACGGCGACAAACAGGAAGCAGGGCGCCACGCAACAGUCUACAGACGACCUCUUGGUGGCGUCGGCCGAGUGUCCCAGCGAUGAUGAGGACAUUGACCCGUGUGACCCGAGCUCAGCCCGCCCGCCGCUUCCUGAGGUCAAAGUCUUCACGGGUCCGGUCGGCGAGGUGCGGGAGAGCAGCAGCACAACGGGAAUGGUUGUCGGGAUCGUCGCCGCGGCCGCCCUCUGCAUCCUCAUCCUCCUCUACGCCAUGUACAAGUACCGCAACCGCGACGAAGGCUCCUACCACGUCGACGAGAGCCGCAAUUACAUAAGCAACUCUGCCACCCAGCCCAACGGUAGCGCCAAGGACAAACCACUGGGAAUCGCCAAAAUAUCCAAAAACAAGAAAAACAAGGAUAAGGAGUACUACGUUUGAAGACUGGAAGAUUUAUAUAUUAAUGUAUAUAAAUAGAUAUAUCCAAACAUACACGGAACUACACAAUGUUUACUCGGAACCGCAAGCACAAACAUCGCUCAAGCACACGUCAAAACGCAUUACACAGAAGCACACAUAAACACAUUCAAAGCCUGAAGGGGCGAGGACAACUGUACAGUAUCUACCAAUGAGGAAUCUCUACGUACAAGACUAGAGAUCAGUUUUAUUAUAAUUAUUUCAUUCCAGUUUCAAAAGCACCAAAAUCGGCUGCGAAGGAACGGUGGCCAACCACACAAGACGCCAUUCUCCUCGAUGUAGUCGGACUUCUGGACAAUUUGGUAGACUUCCGAGUUUGUUUGCACCUAAAAUAACGGUUUGAACGUGACAAAAAAGCACAGGUGGAGAUAAAACUUACAAAAAGGACAAAAUAGGAACGUGAAAAAGACUUCUUAUGCUACCUACAGACACCAAGCACACGCAUACACCACAUAUCGUUAAUGUUAAAAUAAAACAAUCAACGGAAACUUGCGGCGGUUUGAAGAGACUCAGACUUGCCAACUUCGGACUUUGGGGACUCUACGAGAAGAGGAUGGCAAAAUGGUGGAAAAGACCAUUUAGUUGUUAUGGCAAAAUACAUUGAAGAACUUGGGGAGGGAGGGGUCCAAUGCACGUGAAUUAUCUUAUUCGUGUGGUUUAUACAAAAAACGUUACAAUACUUUGGCUUCUCCCGAACAACUUGACCUGGUUUGUAGCCAAUGGAGGUGAAAAAUGGAGUGAAUCAAGUGUUAAAAUGGUUUAAAUUGUAGUGGAAGAGCAGAGUGUGAAGGAAGUAUGGGUCUGCGCAGAGGAGAGGGACAAAAAGGUGAAAUUGAGUUGAACGAAUGAUGUAAUGUGAUGUAGCCCUGUGCUAAGAGCAAAUCAAAAGACUAAAGAUAACAAGACACACAAAACUGGAACACUGGGUAUAAUUAACAAUGUAAUCUACUAAAACCAAAAGGAAAUAACAGAUUAUGGAUUCAAAAUUUAGAAAUAUCUUAUAUGCAAAAUUAGAUCUAGCUAAUGUUUUACAAAAAGAGAAAGUCCUAUUUCAAUUGACUUGAAGUGAGUUGCCUUCUAGAUAACUAUCCAUAGGUUUCAGAAUGACGAAACAAUAUGACCGUUGCCGUACCGAUUAACAAUUUCAUGAAAAGUCCUCAAACUAUUGCAAAAAACAGUAAGUUGAAAGCGUGAAUAUCUUAUAAUACUACUAAAUAAAUGAAUUCAAAUAUCUUCAUGUACGAUUAAUGGCUCAUAGUCUCACUGAAGUAAUCGUUAGCCAAAUCUCUUCACAACAAGUCAAUGAAAUUUGGACUUUUACUCAAGUUCUUUGCUAAUUUUCUUAAAUGUCCCAAAUUGGAAAGCUUAAAGAAAUUGGGGUUUGAUUGUGGCAAUGUUUUUGGUUUAGUACAAGGAAUUUCAUUAGCUUACAAAUUCGUAAACUGCCCAAGAUUUGAUUAAAAACUCAAAUUCUCGUUAACCUUUGUGUGUCAUUAAGAGCAGACGAGCCGAGUGACGCUUCAGCUAAUGACGGUGUGUUCUCCUCAUUAACCUCUUGGCCUCGUUCUAGCGCAGAGCGAACUAAAGGUUGAGUCAGAUUUUAAAGUUUCAAGGCUGUGUUCACGCUCAAAACUGGGACUAAACUGGAACUAAACCAGGACUAGACCCGGACUAACCGAAGACUAGACCUGGACUAACCCAGUACUAGAUCAGAAGUAAGCCAGGACUAGACCCAGAUUAACCCAUUACUAGAUCAGGACUAACCCAAGACUAGACCCGGACUAAACCAAGACUAAACCUGGACUAACCCAGGACUAGAUGAGGACUAAACCAAGACUAGACCCGGAACAAACCCAAGAUUACACUCAGAACAAACCCAAGACUAGACCCGGAGUAACCCAAGACUAAACCUGGACUAACCCAUACUAGAUCAAGACUAACCCAAGACUAGACCCGGACGAACCCAGUACUAGAUCAGGAUUAACCCAGGACUAGUUCAGGACUAAACCAGGACUAGACCCAGAAUAAAUCCAAGACUAGACCCAGACUAACCCUAGACUAAACCUGGACUAACCCAGGACUAGACCCAGUCUAACCCUAGACUAAACUCGGACUAACGCAAGACUAUACCUGGACUAACCAUGAUCAAACCAGGACAAGUGUGAACACAACCUUAGCCUAUCCAUGGGUUUCAGAAAGAAUUAUGAAAAAUGACGACCAUUGCCAUGGUAAUUAACAAAAUAUCCUAUCUUUUGAAUGGAGAAAAAUCCUCAAAACGUUGCGUAGAACAAAGUUGAAACCCAUGAAUAAACCCGAUCAAUCACUCCAAGCUCGAUAUUUUGAACAAGGCCUAAAGAAGUGAAAUAAAAUGAUAAAAAUGUGUCUUUAAAUGUGAAACGGCGGAGGUGAAAACUUGGCUAUAAACCUGAGUUGCUCUGAGUUCAAUAUUUCAAACUUUAUCGACAUGUUUGCGGACGACACGUAUGGUUUUCCUAUGGGCUUCGUUUUUCUGUUGUUCCUCGGACAUUUUUGAAAGUGUUGACUCUUGCUAAUUGUAGCUGCAUAAAUAACUAAUCAAUACAAAAACUGUGCCAUGACUUGAGAGAAGCCCCCAUUUUUGGUUCUUCCAAGCGACAAAACCAAUGGAAUGCAUGCGGAACGGGAUCGAAGAGACCUGCCUCUACAAGGGACUGCUGCGAGUGAGAUUUUCAAACUUUAACGUCAUGAAAUACAAAACUUAUUCCCGUUUUCGGACUUCCUUUUCCCUAAAUGUCGCCCUCUGGAAUUCUUUCUCUUGUGUUGGAACAAAUGGAAGUUUUACAUCUAUAGGUGUUUUUCAUUAACCAUGUUUAUUUUCUAUAUGUACAAUUUUUCUACAGUAUUUCCUUUUAUUUUUAUUGUUACGGUUCUUUGAUGAACAUAAAGUGGAAAUUUAUUAUGAAAAAUAGUUUUGAAGAUUACUGAGUAAAUAAAAUAUUACCCA